AUGCUGCCGGCGGGCGGGCCGCCUGAUCGCGCCGUGUCGGAUGCCGGCGUCUUGGAACCAAUGACGCCGAAGCAACGGCAGCAAGUAUCAACCGCGUUUCAACAAGCACGUCGUGGCACUGCAGCUACCGUGUCCCCCAGCGAAAUGCAAGCCAUGCGACAGUCAGCCCAAUCAGCGCGGGGGACGCCCCAACACACCGUCGAGCGCUCCAUGACAUCAAAAUCCAGCCCAGAUCUGGGUGGCCGGCAUGCAACAACCGUUGGCCGCCCGCGCAAAUCGCAAAUCUACGUGGCCCUCUAUGACUACAAGGCACGCACAGAGAACGAAAUGAGCUUUCGCAAGGGUGAUCACCUCAACGUCAUCAGCAACGACAAUGAGAACUGGUGGCAAGCACAGCACGCCGACACCAAGGAGGUUGGCUGGAUCCCGUCCAACUACGUUGCGCCGAUGCAGAGCCUGGACAAGGAGCCCUGGUAUCAUGGCAGGAUCCCGCGAACAACGGCAGAGUUUCUGCUGAGCAACGGCAUUGAUGGCUCGUUCCUCGUGCGCGAAUCCCAGAGCAGCCCCGGGGAGUACUCAAUCUCCAUGCGAUACGACGGCAAGGUGUUCCACUAUCGAGUGAGCAAAGGGCCUGCGGGCGUGUAUGUCGCCCAAGACAAGCCCUUCCCCGCACUGGGCGACCUCAUCAACUACUACCGCAAAAACUCGGAUGGCCUCGUCCACGUCCUGCGGCACCCUGUGAAGAAGAAGAAAAAGGCGGCCGUGGUUGACGUGGCCGCAGACGAGUGGGAGAUUGACCGCUCUACCAUCAAGAUGGGCCGUAAGCUCGGCGCUGGGCAGUACGGUGAGGUGUACGAGGGCGUGUGGACGGCACACCAGCGGCGCAUUGCCGUGAAGACCCUCAAGGAAGGGAGCAUGGAUGUCAAGGACUUCUUAAAGGAGGCAAACGUCAUGAAGAAGUUGAAGCACGAGAAUCUCGUGCAGCUGAUUGGCAUCUGCACGCGCGAGACCCCACUGUUCAUCAUCACGGAGUUUAUGCCCCGCGGCAAUCUCCUCGACUACCUCCGCAACCAGGACGCACAGAAGGAGAUCGAUCCCACGGCGAUGAUGUACAUUGCGGCGCAGGUUGCGUCCGGGAUGGCGUAUCUCGAGCAGCACAACUACAUCCACCGCGACCUCGCUGCCCGCAACUGCCUCGUCGGCGAAAACCUCACCGUCAAGCUUGCGGACUUUGGCCUCGCGCGGCUGCUGCAGGUGGAGGAUCCGUACACAGCGAAGGAGGGCUCGAAAUUCCCCAUCAAGUGGACGGCGCCCGAAUCGCUGAGCUUCAACCGCUUCACCAUCAAAUCAGACGUGUGGGCCUUUGGCAUCUGCCUGUGGGAGAUUGCGACGCUCGGAUCGACGCCGUAUCCGGGCAUGGAUCUGUAUACCGUCCUCGAUCGCCUCGACGCCGGGUACCGCAUGCCCAGGCCAGAGGGCUGCCCCGCAGAGGUGUACCAGCUGAUGCGGGACUGCUGGCAGCAGGAUCCAAACGAUCGCCCCGCAUUCAAGGACAUCAGGCGACGCCUGGAGUCCAUGUAUGCAGACGGCUCCACGAUCGAAGAGGAGGUGUCCAAGACGCUGACGCUGGACAAGGGCGCGAAGAUGGUGCUGCCUGAUUCACUGCCAGAGGUUGACGCUGAGGAUGAGGACCUGACGCCAGCAGCAAACACAAACCUCGUCAAGACAACACAAUCUGCGCCGGUGACUCGAGCUGUGACGGAUGACGAUCGCAAGCAGACGGUCGCCAUGACCAAGAGCCUCUUCAAAACGGCGCACCACGUAAUGCGUUCGCACGAUCAGAUUGACGUCCCCCACACCCUCCAGCUCCUCAUUGCCGACACGAAGCAGAUGGUGGACUUUGUCAGUGUGUUUGCGCGCGAUGACAAGCACGGGUCGCUGGCGGCGUCGCUGGCGUCACUGGAGGAGCAGAUGCUGCUGCUACAACACCUCGCCGCUCAGCACCAGGGCACGGACCGGGUGGUGCACGCUGUUCGCGAGCUGGCGAGAAGAGCAAAGGGCGUCUGUGAUAAUAUGCGACCACAGGAGUCCGCAACGUGA